AUGCCGGCGAUUUGGCGGCCGAACGUGAGGAUUGAGCUCUCGGAUGUGGACGUCGAGGUGAAGGCGACGGAGGAGGAGGUGACGAAGAAGGGGACGAAGCGGAAGAGGGCCCCUCCCACAAAGGGGCCAUGCCAGCACGGGGUGAAGUAUCGGUCGAAUUGCAAGGUGUGCAGCGCUUGUCCGCACGGUCGUCAGCGCCAUCGGUGCAAGGAGUGCGGUGGGUCUCAAAUAUGCGAGCACGGCCGUGAGCGCUCUUACUGCAAGGAGUGCGGCGGGUCUCAAAUCUGCGAGCACGGUCGUCAGCGCUCUAGGUGCAAGGACUGCAGUGGUGCAUCAAUCUGCGAGCAUGGUCGUCAGCGUCGUUACUGCAAAGAGUGCGGUGGGUCUGCGUUCUGCGAGCACGGUCGUAUACGCUCUACAUGCAAGGAGUGCGGUGGUGCAUCAAUCUGCGAGCACGGUCGUCACCGCAUACAGUGCAAGGAGUGCGGUGGGUCUCAAAUCUGCGAGCACGGUCGUCGGCGCUCUCAGUGCAAGGAGUGCGGUGGGUCUCAAAUCUGCGAGCACGGUCGUAUACGCUCUACGUGCAAGGAGUGCGGCGGGUCUCAAAUCUGCGAGCACGGUCGUCACCGCCAAUACUGCAAGGAGUGCGGCGGGUCUGCAUUCUGCGAGCACGGUCGUAUACGCUCUACGUGCAAGGAGUGCGAUGGGUCUCAAAUCUGCGAGCACGGUCGUAUACACUCUCUAUGCAAGGAGUGCGGUGGGUCUGGAAUCUGCGAGCACGGUCGUCAGCGCAAUCAAUGCAAGGAGUGCGGUGGGUCUGGAAUCUGCGAGCACGGUCGUCAGCGCUAUAGCUGCAAGGAGUGCGGUGGGUCUGGAAUCUGUGAACACGGUCGUCGGCGCUAUAGGUGCAAGGAGUGUCGCGCCGCGAAACAUAUAUAG